AUGACGAUCACAAGGCUUGACCGUGAAACGCUCACGAGGACAGAAAAGGCGGAAUUGCCGCAAGUGACUCUGCGAUCCACAAUAGCAGGCCUCAUCAUCGGCUCGGUGGUACUGAUAUCCAACUUCCAGUUCGGUAUGCAAACAGGCUGGGUCUCUAUGAUGUCGCUGCCUUCUGCUUUGCUGGGGUUUGCUGUCUUCAAAUCCUUGCAAUCAAAACUUUCCUAUAAGUUCACGGACGUGGAGAAUGUGUACGUUCAAAGUGUUGCCGUUGCUACAGGCACGGGACCACUGGCCUAUGGGUUCGUCGGGAUCUUACCCGCGCUUGAAAAAUUCAUGACAACCGAGGAAAGUGGAAUUUUGGGUGGUCUGGAUAUGAGCCAAUUCUGGAAACUAAUAGUUUGGGGGCUGGGCCUGGCAUUUUUUGGUGUGUACUUUGCCAUACCUCUCAGGAAGCAGGUCAUAGUGAAGGAGAAACUGCCUUUUCCCAGUGGGUCCGCCACAGCCACUUUGAUCUCAGUGUUUCACAACACUGAUCUCUUUGAAGAUGCUGAAGAAGUAGUUCUUGCGGAAGAAGAUCCUAACAGGACUUUGGGCAGUUCGGGCUCUAACACUGAUUCUACCGAGACACCUGACGAUGUCACGGUAGUAGAGUCGCAGACUCUGUGCGAUAUUGAUCGGCAUGAGCACUACAGAUCAAACAUGAAAAAUCUAUUAACAGCAUUCAGCAUAUCGUCAACCUACACGGUCUUCGUCUACUUCAUACCGGCCCUGAGAAUGCUUCCUGUGUUCGGCUCCUACCUUUCUAAGAACUACCUGUGGGACUUCCAACCUUCUCCAGCAUACAUAGGCCAAGGUAUGAUUAUGGGAAUAUACACCACAUCAUACAUGUUGUUUGGAGCUGUGUUAGGUUGGGGCAUUCUGUCCCCCGCAGUGAAAUAUCUGGGAUGGGCACCGGGCUCUACUGAUGAUUGGAAGACUGGUUCGCAGGGUUGGAUUCUGUGGAUCUCUCUGGCAGUAAUGAUCUCUGAUUCCAUAAUUUCCUUUCUGGUGGUUACCACCAGAUCUAUUAUUUCACUGGUAAAGAGGAAUGACGAAGAGCUAAAACCUGAGCAGGAGUUUCGUCACGAACAGACACUGCUGGUCCCAGACCAACAGAACUCAUCAGAUGAAGAACCAGCAAAUGCAACGUUCCAUGGCGAACUUGGAGCUGGAUCUGUUACAAAAAAACCAUCGAAAGUCCAAUUUGGGGAUCUUGAUCCCAGACAUCUGGUCUCCAAUAACUCUGCCAUUUUGGGAAUGAUAGGCUCCUCUGUGCUCUGUGUUGUUGCCAUGAAAAUGGUCUUUGGCGCAAUCCUACCGGUGUAUGCUAUUUUCUCUGCCAUCAUCCUUGCGCUCUUUUUUUCCAUCCUUGGGGUGAGAGCCUUGGGCGAGACCGAUCUGAAUCCUGUCAGUGGUAUCGGCAAAUUAUCCCAGCUUUUGUUUGCAGUGAUCAUACCGAGAGAUCAUCCAGGAUCUGUGUUGAUCAACCUGGUUGCUGGAGGUAUUGCUGAGGCUGGAGCUCAACAGGCUGGUGAUUUGAUGCAAGACCUCAAAACUGGUCAUCUUUUGGGAGCCAGUCCAAAAGCACAAUUUGUUGCCCAAAUGGUAGGGACAACGUACUCGGUGGUUCUUUCUGCGGUUAUGUAUAGAGUGUACAACUCCCUGUACGAAAUCCCGGGGAAAGUGUUCCGAGUGCCGACUGCGGUGAUCUGGAUAGACUGUGCCAGACUGGUCACUGGAAAAGGACUACCUCCUCACGCUUUGCAAUUUGCCGUGUUCUUUGGGGUGGUAUUUGCCAUAAUAUCACUUCUCAAGAACCUCGUGCCCGAUACUAACAAGUACCACCGCUAUCUCAAGUUUUUGCCCAGUGGAGUGGCUGUUGGAAUAGGUAUCUACAACACGCCUUCCUUCACACUAGCUAGAUUCAUUGGCGGAUUCGUCUCCUAUUUCUGGGAAAAAAGGAGCGGCGGAUCGCACAGUGCGAAGGUCCAAAUGAUCAUCUUCAGUUCUGGCUUGGUCCUUGGAGAGGGUCUUUUCAGUGUGUUGAACAUGCUGUUUACUAGUCUGGGAGUUCCCCACUUGUGA